CUGGUGUAUAUUGAACGAAGAGCAUUUCAGUGUUUGAUGCACAAAUAUACAGCUAAAAGAUGACGUUUAUUUUCGGAGGAUCCGGCUUUACUCACAGCGCUCCACUCACUUUUAGCUUAUCAGAAGAGCAAAGAAAGCAGCUCUGUGGUUUGCUGGGGAAUGCUGAACUGACUCUUCUCUACAAAGCUUCUGUUCAUGGAUAUACUGCUUCUGCCUUCCAUCAGCGAUGUGACCGUCAGGGUCCCACUUUACUUGUAGCCUAUAACAGAUCAGGCUACAUCUUUGGUGGAUACACUAGUGUAGAUUAUACUCAAAGUGGAGUGCAAAUUACAGAUGAGGAAGCUUUCCUGUUCAACUUUCAGGGCACGAUCCCUGUGUGCAUCAAAGUUAACAGUGGACAGUAUGCACGUUAUGAUGAUGCUGGAGCACCCAACUUUGGUCAACAGUUGUACUUUUGCUACAACAGCCAACCAGCUGUGUAUAAUCAAAGACGGGAUGUAUAUGGUGGAUAUGGAGUGGGGGUUAGUUCAUUCAGUUUUAAUCGUGCCUCACCGCAAGGGAAUACGUUUUUAUUUGGCAACAAAAAACAAUCAGCUGCGUAUAAUCUAAAACAGAAUGUAUAUGGUGGAUAUGAAGUGGGGGAUAAUCCAUUCGAUUUUAAUCCUGCCACACUGUAUGGGAAUGACACUCAGCUGAAUGAAUGUGAGGUGUACAAAGUGGAACAGAAUCCUCAGAUCAGUGCCAAGGUGAAGCCGUGGAGGAAUGUUCAGUGGACAGAAAAACAAAGAGACGAGCUCAUGAAAAUGAUCAGGAGUUAUAAACCCAUGAUGCCGUCUGUAAGUCGGGUCAGAAUCCUAAUGAUCGGUCCUGUAGGUGCUGGAAAAUCCAGUUUCUUCAACUCCAUCAACUCCGUCUUCAUGGGCCGCAUGACCAGCAAAGCCAUGUCAGGAUCUGCCGGCACUAGUCUCACCACACAGUUUCGCACAUACACAGUGAAAGACGGCCGUGAGGGAAAGCCGUUGCCAUUUGUGUUGUGUGACACCAUGGGACUCGAGGAGCAAUCGGGUGCAGGACUGGAUAUUGAUGACAUCAGCAGCAUUCUUCAAGGUCACGUACCAGACCGCUAUAAAUUCAACCCCACAACACCGUUUCAACCGGAUGAGCAAAAGUCUUCCAGACCUGCAUCUCUGCAAGAGAAGAUCCACUGUGUGGUGUAUGUGAUCGACGCCACCAAAAUCUCCCUCAUGUCCAGCAAACUAGAGGAAAAACUUGCUGCCAUACGCAGAAAAGUGAACACACUGGGCAUUCCCCAGAUGGUUUUGAUGACAAAAGUAGAUGAAGCAUGUCCUGAUGUGGAGGAAGAUCUUCAAAAUAUUUAUAUAACUUCUUACAUCAAGACAAAGGUGCAGGAGGUGAGCUCUCGAUUGGGUGUGCCGGUGUCUUGUGUGUUACCGGUGAAGAACUACAGUCAGGAGCUGGAGCUGGAGCUCAAUUGUGACGUCCUGCUUCUCACGGCGAUACAGCAGAUGCUCAACUUUGCAGACGACUAUCUGGAUGAUGUUGGUCCUUUUUAGGACAAUCUUAUAAAGUGCUACUAGAGUUUUAUCUCCCUUUGUAGCUGAUUUAAUAUUGUAUUUGUGUGUAAGCUUGUACUAUUUAUUAUCAACUAGAUUAUCUCUAGAUAACCACCACAUAAGGCAUCUUAAGAUUCUUAAGUCUGUUCUAUUUCUUUAAUAAUCUUGCAUAUAGUCAUUCAGGAUAAUUAUAGGAAGUGCAAACAACGUUCUUAUAUCACUUAAGCAUGUUGCAUCAUUGCUGUUGUUUGUUACAAUUUUGUGCCAAAAUAUGUUUUUUUUUAAGUAUAAUACUAAUGAAUGUUAGUAAUGCGUAUUAAGUGAAAUAACACAACAACUGUGUAAGCAUACUUUUUAUUUUAUUUCGAUAAAUAG